UAGUUAGGGAAGAGGGAAAGGGAGGAGGGCAGGCCACUAUAGGCUCUCUCUCUUCAUGUAUCAUCAUUGAUCAUUUAUUCAUUCAUUCAAUAUUGCGGCAUCCCCCUCUAAUUUUCAACUCUUGUUUGGUGGAGAGGAACGGAAAAUAGAGGAAAGCGGGAAAAAGAAAGGGGAGGAGAGAAAGGGGAAGAGGAAGAAGAGAGAUAGGGAAAUAGAGAGAGGGAGAGAAAGAGAAACGUGAAGGAAUUUGAGGCAGAGGAGGUUACAGCCGCUGCGUAUGUAAUGUUGGAGAAGAUUGACAGUAUUUUUUUCCAAUUGUCCAAAUAGUUAUUAGAAGGAUAAUAUGAGGAUUAAAAAAUAUUACAACCGCAGACUUCAACGGAAGACUAACGGAAGGGGUCUUCGUCUCACGGUUAUAGGGUCUCUGUAAUUUGCCCUAAAUUCAACCUAAACUCUUCUCUUAUCUCCCCUGUUCGAAAGAAACCGGCGAGCGGCGGCGAUCUCCUCCCAAACCUCUGACCAUUCUCUCUCCUUCUCUCUUCCUUCUCUCUUCCUUCUUCUUUCCUCUUCUUCUUCCACCGAACCAUUCUAAUCGCCAUUUUUUACUGUUCAUCGCCUUUGAUCUAGAGAACCAGCGGCAGUCAACUUCAGGCCAACAUACGACUCCAUUCCGCUGAGCCCUUUUCCGUGAGUUUUACCUUGUGCCGGAGUGGACAAUGCAACCUCUGUAACCGGGUUUUAGGGACGAUAGCAGGAUUACCGCCUAAGGGUUUCGAAUGGAUUUAUUUUAGUUGUUCAUUUUUCUUUUUUAUUUGGUGAUGUUGAUGAUAAUGGCUCUAUCGCUCAUGUUGAUCAUUGCAAUUGCCGUGAUUUGAGAUCGAUCUGAAGGAACUAGCUAUGGCUCUAUUGUCCCUCCGGCUUCGUGGAUCAUUAUUCCUCUCAUCGUCUCUUUUCAGCCACCGUCGUCUCUCUCGUCCAGACAUGACUAUAUUCGAGGGUUGCUAUUACAAUCAUUGGCUUAUCACCAUGGAGUUGCCCAAUGAUUCCAAACCUACUCCUGAAGUGAUGGCCGAGACCUAUGUUCAAGCCCCAGCAAAAGUUAUUGGGAGUUUGAAUGAUGUUUUAUGCAAGGUCUUCUAUCAAAACCAUGGUCUUUGGUCAUCCUAUGAGAACAGAAGAUUUUCCUGUGUUGGACAUCGUUGCAUUCAUUCAGGUAAGCUGAACAUGGAUAAAGAAGUUGUAGGGCCUAAAGAGCAUUGCGAAGCUGGGGCAAUUGUUGAUGGUAAUAGUAAUGCAAAAGUGAAGAGGAAAAAGCUGAAGGGAAAAAGAGCAGUUGUAAGAUGGCUCAAAUACUUCAGAUGGAAGAAAAAGAAAGAGUAUGAACGGAUGACAGUAGAAGAAAAGAUUCUGUAUAAAUUAGGAAAGGCUCAAAAGAAAGAGGCUAGACUCAUGGAAGCUCUAAAAAAGAUCGAACCCCAGGAGUCAUCGGAAGCAACCCAUGAUCCAGAAAUAUUAACACCAGAGGAACACUUCUAUUUCUUAAAGAUGGGUCUUAAAUGCAAGAAUUAUGUACCCAUUGGAAGGCGUGGAAUCUUCCAAGGUGUAAUCCUUAACAUGCAUUUACAUUGGAAAAAGCACCAGACUCUGAAAGUGAUAGUGAAGACAUUUACACCAGAGGAGGUGAAAGAGAUUGCAGCUGAGCUGGCAAGAUUAAGUGGAGGAAUUGUGCUUGACAUACAUGAAGAGAACACAAUAAUCAUGUAUAGAGGGAAGAACUACUCACAACCACCAACAGAGAUAAUGUCACCUAGGAUCACUCUCUCUCGGAAGAAGGCUUUGGACAAGUCCAAAUAUAGAGAUGGUCUCCGUGCGGUUCGAAAGUUCAUUCCAAGGCUUCAACAAGACCUGGAGUUACUUCAAGUAAAGGCCAGAAUGAAUCAUGAGAAUGGAACUGAUGUUGUAAAUGAAAGCAUUGGGACCGUGAUUGACAAAAAUAACCAUGAACCCACUUCAGACUGGCAGCCAGAGAGUUCAGAUAAAUUGAGAGAAUUACUGGAUGGAAAUGAUGACUUCUCUGAGGAUGAUUCCUCGAUGGAAUCUGAUAAAAUGUCAGAUUCUGAAGCUUUGUCAGAUAUUUUUGAGACUGAUUCGGACGAACAGGCGGAUGAGGAGGCAGAACGUUCUCUAUACUUGGAUGAAUUUGAUAAAUUUCCGAUAGAAAGCAAUGGAGAACCAGAGGAUUUUGAGGAUCACCUGCGUCAAAUUUCUUUGAACUCCAGGAAAGAUGAUUCAUUGGGGAAGGAUGAAGGAUUGCCAGACCUUGAUGAGGUUGACAGGAUAUUCUUGCGUGCAGGAUCAUUGUUAAGAAAAAAGAGGAAAUAGACAAACAGCUAAACUAGGAAAUGAUAAUGUUAUAAUCUUGAAAAUCAGCUUAUUUAUUAAUUUUAUUUUUUCUAUGGUCAAUGUAUCACCAUUACCAUUACACAAGCCUUAUCCCAAGUUCUCAACUUUUUGGGGUUGACUUUCUUAUUUUUGAAUGUUGGAUAAUUUCUAAAACUCCAUAAUGCCGUUAUAUUGUAUUAUGGAACUAUUUAUCCUUGUAUUUUUAUGGUAUAACCGAUGAUUGUGCUCUUCAACGAGCUUAUUUAGCACCGGCGAAACGGCUUUAACUAA